AUGUCCACUCUCGCUGCAGAACUCAACCACUCCAGGUCGCAUUCCGACUCCACCAACACCAAGUCCAGCGCCUACUACCAGAUGUCCAGACCCCGGUCGGAGGAGUGCACCUUGAUCCACGAUGCCCAGCUCAAACGGUCGUUUGCAGAGAUGUCCGAUUCGUUCACGCUGGUGUCUGAUUCGACGUCCAGUCCGUCCGCAAAACGGUGCAGAACAGCCCCAUCGUCCCCAGUCCCCGAGACCCCAAAACUCAGCUUUGCCGACCUGCCACUCACUCCUCCCUCCAACAGCGUCGUGCUGGCCUCGCUGUCGAUUUCCACGCCUAUCUCGGCGUCCCAACAUACCCUGGUCCAGUCCCCAGCGACGCCUCCUGCCUCAGCAUCCAGCUCGCCGCGCCAGCUGCCUCUGCCACUCAAGCCAUCCACGAAGCUGCGCUCGUUCGAGUCCGAGUCCUGCUUCUACUUCCCAGAUACCUGCUACUCGUUCAAUCUGCUGGGAUCCGCCGCGCCGGAGAGCAAUGUGCGCGGCUGUUUGCUCGAGCAGCAGAACGAGGAAUGGAGAGACUUCUACUCCAACAAGUGCAAGCACGAAAACACAGAACUGUUUAAAAAAUACAGGGAGUACUGCACCUCUAUGCGGCUGAAACCCUCAAAAGCCGUUUCCAAAGUGUCCAAGCCGCCCCGCUCAAGAAAACCUGCCAAGAUUGCCGCAUUUGUCGAGUCCCAAUACCAGAAAUACAACGGCCUCGUCGACUACCCGUACUCUAAUAAUUACACCUACCAGACAACUGGAUACCUCAAGGACGUGCAGAUGCUCACGUCGUCGGCCAAGCUGUACGCUCAGGGCCCAAAGCAGAGCUACGUGGCCGAGUCUGCCGACAACUUCAAGCUGCCGCCAAUGCCUUCGUCCAUGCUGAUGCCGUCCGAGCACGACCACCGCGACUACGCACGCGUCGGCAUCUCCAAAUUCAUCAACACCUCGCUCGACACCCCCGCCUCGCCCCAGACCCACCUCCGCACCACGGCUAACGUCCCUGUCGAAGCCGCGCAUGCACCAGCCCCCACACAGUACACAGGCGGCGCACGCAAGUGCAUCUCGUGCCACUCGGCCCAGUCGCCCUGCUGGAGACCGUCCUGGUCCUCGUCCGAGGGCCAGCUGUGCAACUCCUGCGGCCUGCGCUACAAAAAGACCCGCGCAAGAUGUCUCAACUCGCAGUGUCUGCGCAUCCCAGCCAAGGGCGAGUGGACCCUCAUGAAGAAUAAGGGCAAAGUGCUCGUCAACGACCACUACGCGUACCGCUGUCUCCAUUGCGACGGCGAGGUCGAGGUUGACGAGUAG